GCCUCCUCUGGGGCAGAGAUCAGGUACUCUCAUUGUUCACUUUCGGUCCGUCAAACUAAACGAGGGGAUUCCUAAAUGUUACUCAACUAAGAUAAUCUUUAUUUGAUAUUUCUAAUUUUGAAAUUUACCAGCUUAUUUAAAUGGUUUCCUUGGAUUCAGAAGGUUUAAGAUGUUUGUUUUUUAAAAGUUAAAAAUAUGGUACCCCAUGGAAGCAAACAAACCAAGAAAUCAGGGAAGACAUCAGUGGAGGAUAGGAAGACAUCCAUGAAGGAUCGGGCUGUAAUUGCCUAUGACUUUCAGAAAGAAGAUAAACGAGAUCUGAAUGGUUCAGAGGAAGAUGCUACUGAUGCAAAGACUACAGCAAUUGAUAAACUUGGGAAGAAAAGAACUUCUGCAGUAACAGUUGAAGAUAUGGGAGGUGAAGUACAGGAUAUGCUGGAAAGAUUUGGAGCUAACAUUAGAAAUUCUCUUAAUACAAAGAAAAAAAGAUUAGCAUUGUAUACGAAGAUUUCUCUCAAAACCAGUAACCAGAAAAUUGAACAUAUUUGGAAAAUCCAAAAAGAACAAAGGCAGAAGCUUAGUCAAGAAUAUUCUCAGCAGUUUCUGAGUUUGUUUCAGCAGUGGGAGAUAGAUAUACAGAACGCCAAGGAACAAGAAGAAAAACUAGCUAAUUUAUUUCGACAGCAACAACAGAUUUUUCAACAAUCUAGACUUGGUCAGAGCCAGAGACUUAAAACAAUUAAACAGUUAUAUGAACAAUUCAUAAAGAGUAUGGAGGAGUUGGAGAAGAACAGUGAUACUCUAGUUACUGAUGCACAAAAUGAACUUAAAAAUGAAAUGGCUAUGUUUCAAAAACAAAUUAUGAUGGAUACUGUAAGUUAUAUUAAAACCGAAAAAUAAGAAUAUGUUUUAAGCACUGAAAUGUUUUAUUUGUUGAAAUUGGUUAAUACUUAUCUAAAAAUUAAACAAAUGUUUAAUAUCUCCUUUCAUGAACAGCAGCAGCAGGAGAUGGCAAUUGUUCGAAAGUCUCUUCAGUCCAUGUUACUCUGAUGGCUCUUGGAAGGAAGAACUUGAACCUAAGUAAUGUGAUACAAUUAUAACAUUAGCUAAGAGGCAAACACAUUUUUAGAGUGGUUUAAAAAUUGUAUUUUCAAAUAUUACAUUGAAUUAAUAUAUAUUGAGUACUGUUAAGACUUCCUAUUCAAUGACUGGUAGGAUUAUUUUGUACUAGAGGCCCAGUACAUUACUCAUUAGCUUAAGUGCAAGCCUCCUUUUGGUUAACCUCCAAGUAAAAUCUAAAUAGUUAUGUGAGUAGCAGCAAUUCCUAAAUUGUAUGUAUAAGCUUUCUGCCUUUUAAUAGUAAUAGUGAAUUUUUAUGACACUUGUCAAUUAACUUAAUAAUAAAGAUGAUCUAAUUUCAA